UUUGCCUGCGGUCCCAGUGAGAAGUGCCAGGUCCAAGACGGGGUGCAGGCCUGUGUACCCAUGAGCACAGGCACCUGCCAUGUGAGCGGGGCCAGGAGAUUCCACUCGUUCGAUGGCAGCUGCUUCGGCCUACACGGGGACUGUGUGUACAAAAUGUCAGAGGUUGUGGAGAAAGACGGAUCGAUGGCUCCAUUUGUUGUAUCAGUGCAGCAGUUGACCAAGAUGGAUGAUGCAAUGGUCACCAGGAGGGUUGACAUACAGGCCUACAAAUACAAGAUAUCUAUGUCUCCCAGAGUUAUAUGGGAAAUAAUGGUGGAUGAUGUUGCAACAAAUCUCCCACUGUCACUCGGAGAUGGAAAGGUCAGGGCCUACCAGAACGGCAUUAACAUCGUCGUGGUAACAGACUUUGGCUUGAUGGUGACCUACGACACCGUUGCUGGCGCCAUCAUACAGCUUCCAUCCAUUUACAAAGGUGUUACCGGUGGUCUCUGUGGCAACUAUAAUGACAAGAAGGAGGAUGACUUCCUGCUGCCCAGUGGGUUGCAGGAGCCGUCUGUGGAGAAGUUUGCAGCGGGGUGGUUGGUGGUUCAGGAAGGGGUCAAAUGUCAGACAGGAUGUGACGGUGGCUUGAAGUGUCCUCCCACCAGUGGACCCCCACCGGCUUGUAGCAUCAUGAAGUCAACCAAGGGUCCAUUUGCCCAAUGCCAUGCUGUUGUGCCACCACAAGAGCACUUUGAGGAGUGCAUGAAGGAGGGAGAGGGUGGGGAUGCCCUGUGCCGCCACUUACAGACAUAUGUGACUUUCUGUCAGUUAUCCGGUGGCCUUGUCAGCAGCUGGAGAUCUGACCAGUUUUGUCCUCUGACGUGUCCAGCUAACAGUCACUAUGAGUUGUGUGCCGACACCUGUUCUUCUACCUGUUACUCUCUCAGCGAGUCUCCAAAAUGCCCACUAUGCCAGGAGGGCUGCCAGUGUGACGAUGGCUUUGUGUUUGAUGGUGGCAAGUGUGUCCUACUGGAGAACUGUGGCUGUGUGGUUGAUGGACACUAUUACAAGUCUGGCCAGUCUGUGAUCCUGGGAAACUGUUCUGAGACCUGCAGCUGUGCCGCAGGAGUGUUCACCUGCAAGAACUCACAGUGCAAAGAGGGUCAGAAAUGUGGGAUGAAGAAUGGAGUCAUGGACUGCUACAGCAUAGACCCCUGUGAGGACACUGAGUGCCGUGAGAAAGAAAACUGUGUGGUGAUGAACAAUAAGGCGAUAUGUGUGGCCCAGUCCAAGGCCUACUGCUGGUUGUUCGGUGACCCUCACUAUAGCACGUUCGAUGGCCAGCCCUUCUCCUUCAUGGGUACCUGCUCCUACAUUCUGGUGAAUACGACGGGCAAAGAUCCCUCCCUGCCUCAGUUCAGCAUCCAGACUAAGAACGAGCCGCGCGUCAACUCCAAAGGCUCCUUCCUCAAGUCAGCCAACAUAGACCUGAGUGGUCACAGGAUCACCAUUCUCAGUGGCCAAAGAGGGACAGUGGAGAUUGAUGGCAUUAGGUCUGACCUCCCUGUGAGUUUGGAGUCUGGCAACAUCAGAAUCACAGAGUCUGGUAUCCAAGGGACCAUCCAGACAGAUGUUGGCCUGAAGAUCACUUUUGACUGGACCGCCUUCUUCAUGGUGACCAUCAGCAGCAGUUACUACGACAACCUCGGUGGCAUUUGUGGCAACUACAAUGGUAACAAAACAGACGACUUCACCACUCCCACAGGUGUGCUUUCGGCAAAUACCACGGCAUGGGUGGCAUCCUGGAGUGUUGCUGACGGUGAUCCAUUCUGCCGGCAUGUCUGUAAUGGCAACUGCCCCACGUGCUCAGAACUAGACCGGGCACUUUAUACUGGACCAAAGUACUGUGGUUUGAUGACAGACGGAGGGGGCCCAUUUCACCAGUGUCAUAAGAAAGUGCCAGUGAAGGAGUUUGCCUCAGACUGCCUCUAUGAUGUGUGUCUGAAUGAGGGUCGACAGGAGGUGUUGUGUGAGACCUUGGCUAACUACGUGGCCAAAUGUCAGCAGGCUGGGGUUGUAGUCUCACCGCUGUGGAGAAAGGCCUCCAACUGCCCUCGAACAGCCCUGGCUUGCCCAUACCACAGCCACUAUGAGCUAUGUGGCACUGCCUGCCCUGCUACCUGUGCCAUUCCCAAUGUCCCCGAGAUCUGUUCCAAAGUCUGUGUGGAAGGCUGCCAGUGCGACAUGGGUUACGUGCUCAGUGGUGAACACUGUGUCAUCAAGGAGACAGGGUGUGGCUGUACACACAAUGACCAUUACUACCUGCCUGAAGAAACCUUUUGGGAGGGCAACACAUGUCAGAGUAAGUGUGUGUGCGAUGGAGCCACACAGAAGUUGGUGUGUAUGCCUAGGAAGUGCAAGGCUAGUGAGCACUGUGAAGUGGUCAACGGGGUUCAGGACUGCUACCCUUUCAGCUUCAAGACAUGCUCAGCACAGGGGGACCCCCACUUCCGCACCUUUGAUGGGAAGCGCUUCGACUUCCAGGGAAACUGUAUCUACAAGCUGGCGGGGGUCUGCUCCAAAGAUCCUGAUCUGGAGAGCUUUGAGGUGACUCUGGAGAACAACAACAGGGGCAGCACCAGAGUCUCCUACGCCAAGGUGGUGACUGUCAUUGUGUUGGGAAGUAGUUACACCGUCACAGGUGAUUAUCACGGCAAAGUUCUGGUGGACGAUGUCCUGACAUCUCUGCCAUACUACUCCAACAACACUGAGGUUCAGAUCUACAGAAACAGACGUUUUGCUGUACUGGAGACUCAUUUCGGUCUCAAGGUCUCCUUCGACUGGUCCAGCGAGGUGAGGGUGAAGGUCCCGAGCACCUACCACAACGCCAUCUGUGGUCUCUGUGGCAACCUCAAUGACGACCCUGAUGACGACCUGCUUCUGCCCAACGGGAAAAAGCCCAUGAGUCCCAAGGAGUUUGGAAACAGUUACUGGGUAGCUGACGUACCGGGCUGCUCCCACGAGUGCAAAGAUUGUGCCGUUGUAGACAUCCCCCUUAUAAAGCCCAAAUAUGUCAGCGCCUGUGAUGUCAUUGUGGAUAAGAGUGGUCCCCUCAGAGACUGCAUUGGUAGAGUGGACUCUGAUGAGUACAAAGAAGACUGCAUCUAUGACAUGAUCCUCAACAACGGCCUACUGACGGCAGCCUGUGACAUCAUCACCAACUAUGUGGAAGAGUGUCAGGAGAAGGGAGGGAAAAUUGAGGUCUGGAGGAGUAAAGACUUCUGCCACCUCCCCUGUCCAGAGAACAGUGUCUACAGCCUCUCGGCCUCCGGGUGCCCGGCCACAUGCUAUUCCAUGUCCUCCGCCCCAGGAUGCACCACUCCUCCAGGGGAGGGCUGUCAAUGCAAACCUGGUUUCCUGCUGAGCGAUGACAAGUGUGUCCACAUGAAGAACUGUGGCUGUCACCACAAGGGUCGCUACUUUGUGUCCGGCGAGGUCUUCUAUAAGGAGAACUGCCACCACCGCUGCAGCUGUAACUCCGGCGAGAUGGCCUGUGAGGUGGCGCCCUGCGGUCCGAAGACCACGUGUGCGGUGGUGAAGGGGGUCAGGGGCUGUUACAUUAUCAGCAGCAAAGAUUCAAACAACCAGUCAUGGAUUGAAAAACUCCUUAACAAAUAUGGAAAACCUGUACAUAUCAAGUUUGGAGGCUAGAACAUUUUAAUUUUCAAAUAAGAUCUCAUGGAUCUAAAAUAUCCUUUAAAAACUUCCCUUUCAUGUCCAGGUUGUAGGCUAAAGCAUUUCAACAUAAAAUAGUAAAAUUACCUUCAAAUUACCUUCUGUAUGUGAUAACAUAUUCUGAACUAUAUAAUGUUGUGAGGGAUUAUGAGUACUCAUGCAUGGAAUUGUUAUUUAACUCUGUAUUUGUUAUAAUCCAAAUAUAAUCCCAUAAUUGUGAUCAGAUUAUCUCUGUAUGCAUGUAUCUCUGUCUAUCCUUUAGUCAAGAGAAUUUUCAAUCCCAAUGAUAAUAACUGACAAUCAAUAGCUCUGACCAAUCCCCGAGAUCUGUAAGACCAUGGGUUUAAUAAUAACUAGUCAAAGGCUCAGUUUAGGCAAAAAGAUAGCAGUUUAUUCAGAGAAUAUUCUUAAAUCCAUUAUACAAAGACAUCCACUUUAUGGCUGCGCACAUACUUCCACACAAACAGUAGGUAUCCUACGCACAUACUUCCACACAAACAGUAGGUGAGUUUUAUCUCUAUAGUUCUCACCACUGUGUAUCACUGCCCAGCCAAUAGUUCCAUUCCCCCCGAGAUUAGGGAAACCUUGAGAAGUACUCCCUAUGCUAUCAUAGGUUCCUCAGAAGCCUAGCCAGCUCGGUCCAAACACAGUUUAACACAGUUUUUUCUUCUUCGGCACACACAUACAAGUUCAAAUCCUAAACUAUGUCUUGCUCAGACAGUCUGUGUUUUUCCACUAUACAGAUACAUUGUUUAACCCAAUUCUGACUAAAACUACACACAUCAUCAGAUUAUAAUUUUAUGAUUCUAAUCAAUUUCAUACAGUUAUAAGGUUUCAGAGUGGAAUAAUUUUAUCAUUAUCUUUCAACAUAUACAUUAUUUUAUUACCUUCACAACUUUCAAAAGCCUAAUAAUAAACAUAUAGCAGCUAAA